AUGCAGUCAAAUAAUCCACUGGCACUGCCAUUUCCUCUGAGUCCCCUGGUGCUGUUUAAUGCUGGUGAUUUGAGCGAAGGUGGGUUUGAAAUUUCGCGGUUUUUGUUCCUGGGAUCGCUGCUUUUCUCGCGAGAAGGAGGCGGCAUGGACUUGUCGAAAGUGGGAGAAAAGAUCCUCAGCUCCGUUCGCUCAGCCCGCUCCCUUGGCCUUCUGCCUUCCCCCUCUGAUCGCCCCGAGGUUCCAGCACGGGCCGCAGCAGCAGCUGCUGUUGCCCGUAUUAUUGCAGGACUACCUCCACAUCAGAGGCAUAAUCUCUCUUCUAGCUCUGAAGAAUUGAGUUCAAUCUAUGGAAGCAGACCUCAAGGUCAAGUUGUGGAUGAGCUCGAGGAAGAAUUUUAUGAGGAGGAAUUUGAUCCAGUUAGACAUGUUUUAGAACAUAUUCCCACUGAAGAUAGCGAACUUUCAUACUUCGAGGAAAAGGCUGCUCUUAAACUGGCUCAACUGGAUAUGGUUGCUGAACGAUUGUCACGCCAUGUCAUGGAGAAUUAUGAAGAAAUGGUGAAGGGAAUGAAUCUGGUAAGAGAACUGGAGAAGGACUUAAAAGUUGCAAAUGUUAUUUGCAUGAAUGGGCGAAGACACCUUACUUCAUCAAGGAACGAGGUGUCCAGGGAUCUCCUUGUCACUACAACUUCCAAAAAGAAACAAGCCCUCCUGGACUUGCUCCCUAUCUUGACUGAGCUACGGCAUGCUCUGGACAUGCAAAUGGCUCUUGAAACUUCUGUUGAGGAAGGGAACUUCUCUAAGGCAUUCCAAGUACUAUCUGAGUAUUUGCAGCUUCUAGAUAGUCUGUCAGAUCUUUCUGCAGUGCAAGAUAUGAACCGUAGCGUUGAGGUUUGGUUGGGAACAACUCUUCUAAAGUUGGAUUCACUUCUAUUAGGAGUGUGCCAGGAUUUCAAAGAGGAAGACUAUAUAACUGUGGUUGACGCGUAUGCUUUGAUUGGAGAUGUUUCUGGUCUGGCUGAGAAGAUACAAAGCUUCUUUAUGCAGGAGGUUCUCUCUGAAACCCACUCUGUGUUGAGGACCAUAUUGCAAGAGGAUCUUGAAAAUCCUAAUAUGCAAUGUAACAGGCUUACGUACAGUGAUUUGUGCAUUCAAAUACCUGAAUCCAAAUUUAGGCAGUGUUUGCUGGCAACACUAGCGAUGCUUUUUAAGCUUAUGUCAUCCUAUUAUGCAAUAAUGAGCUUCCAGCCAGAUGACAAAGUCUCAGCCUGCCAUAGCCCAAGUUGGAGGCAAAAAAAAGGUAACAAAUCUGGAGUUUUGGGGGAUUCUGUAAGAGAAGAUUCCUGUAAUUCCCUUGCAGAAGAUAGUUCAAUUUCUGCAGGGACAGAGAGAGGAUCAGGAUCUGUUUUGUCCUCUGUUGAAGAGCCAGCUACGACUUCUGCCACUUGUGCGAAAAUUACAGGGUCCAAUGGUUCCACUCUUGCAGAUUAUCCGACUGACGAAGCAAGAGAUGAUGGAACUGCAGCAUCAAGUAGUGGAUCCCCAUGGUUUGAACUGCGGAAAGAUGCUGCAACUUUUGUUUCACAAACCCUACAGAGGGGCCGUAAGAAUCUUUGGCAACUUACAACAAGCCGCAUUGCAGUUCUGCUUUCCUCUUCUGCAGUUUCUUCAAGUAGCAUUCAUCAAUUUUUGAGAAACUAUGAAGAUCUUAGUCUCUUCAUCCUGGCUGGGGAAGCUUUUUGUGGUUUAGAAGCGGUUGAGUUUAGGCAGAAGCUGAAAUCCAUUUGUGGAAGUUAUUUUAAUGCUUUCCAUCGGCAAAAUAUAUAUGCCUUGAAAAUGGUGAUGGAGAAGGAGAAUUGGCAGAUAAUGCCGCCAGACACAAUUCAAGUAGUAAGUUUUGCCGGACUGGUUGGUGAUGGAGCAGCAUUGAUUGCUUCAUCUAAUAAUUCUCCCAGUUCUCAAUUACUGCAAUCCAAUAGAUCAGUAGGUUCAGUUGAAAAUAGAUCGAAGAGUGGAUUUUCGCAUUGGCUUGAAAGAGGAAACCCAUUUUCAUCAAAACUGAAUGAUGGUACCAUGGAAAAAUCCGAUUCCUUCCAACUUAAUGGAUCAAACAUGCAUGGAGAAAGUGGAAAUACUAAUGAAAUGUAUCAGAAUAGUAUAUCUACACAGAAAAUUAGUGCUGGAAAUGAUGUCAAUGGGGGUGCUUCUCUUUCAGAAGAUGAAAAUGAAGAUCUCCAUGCUGAUUUUAUUGAUGAAGACAGUCAGCUUCCAAGUCGUAUUUCCAAACCAAAUCGUUUAAGACAUCACUCUUCUCGUUGGAAUGAUGAAGGGAUGAAAGCACAAACAGGAUCAUCACUUAGCCUCUUGAAGUUGAUGGACAAGUAUGCAAGACUGAUGCAGAAAUUAGAGAUAGUCAAUAUUGAGUUUUUAAAGGGCAUUUGCCAGUUGUUUGAGAUCUUUUUCCACUUUGUCUACAUGACAUUUGGUCAGCAGAAUAAUCAUCCAAGUGGAAAGGCCUCCGCGGACUUGCUUCCUCAGAGGCUAAAGACUGCAAUAUCAAGAAUAACACAAGAGUGUGAUCAGUGGAUAAAUCCCCAGUCUGCAUCCCCUAUAUCUCCAAAUGCAUCAUUCACUCAUAUGGAUGUCACCCCUACCAGUCCUCCGAGUCACUUGAAUAGCCCAUCUUUUGGUCUCAAGGAAAGAUGUGCAGGUGCUGACACUAUAUUGCUUGUUGCUCAAUUCUUGCAUAGAUCAAAAGGCCAUCUUCAAUCAACGCUUCUGCAAAAUAAUGGAGCAAUAGUCGAAGACUUCUACGUGCAUAUGGUGGAUGCUGUACCUGAACUUACGGAGCAUAUUCAUAGAACUACUGCUAGACUCCUCCUCCACAUAAAUGCAUAUGUUGACCGGGUUGCCAAUUCUAAAUGGGAAGUGAAAGAGCUCGGACUAGAGCACAAUGGGUAUGUUGAUUUACUGCUGGGAGAAUUUAAGCACUACAAAACAAGGCUAGCUCAUGGAGGUAUUCGAGAGGAGGUUCAAGACCUUCUCUUAGAAUAUGGACUUGAAAACGUUGCUGAAACUCUCAUCGAGGGUCUAUCUAGGGUGAGGAGAUGUACUGAUGAGGGAAGGGCUCUCAUGUCCCUGGAUCUUCAGGUUUUAAUUAACGGCCUAAAGCAUUUUGUCUCAAUUGAUGUGAAACCGAAAUUGCAGAUGGUCGAAACUUUCAUCAAGGCUUACUACCUUCCGGAAACAGAAUAUGUCCACUGGGCUCGUGAUCAUUCGGAAUACAGUAAAAAUCAAAUUGUUGGUCUGAUCAACCUUGUUGCAACAAUGAAAGGCUGGAAAAGGAAAACCAGAUUGGAAGUGUUAGAAAGAAUAGAAUCAAUCCUUUCAUAA